GGGAACUGGGAUCCGGACGUCAAAGUCCGCUCUGCCCGGAACCCAGCUUCCGGAGUCUCCUGUUUUCUCCAAGUCUUUACGGCGUGGGGUCGGUGGUGGAGAUGAGGCAGAAGCACUACCUUGAGGCCGCGGCGCGGAAACUGCAAGACUGCUGUCCCGGCCAGGCCCGCUAUCUCCUCUGGGCCUACAGUUCGUCACACGAUGCUAAAAGCACAUUUGAAGGAACAUGUCCAUACUGUUUCCAGUUGCUGGUUCUGGAUAAUUCUCGGGUGCGCCUCAAACCCAAACCCAAACUGACACCCAGAAUACAGAAACUUCUUAAUCGAGAAGCAAGACAUUAUACACUCAGUUUUAAAGAAGCCAAACUUUUGGAAAAGUACAAAAACUCAAAAAGUAUAUUGUUGAUUACUUGUAAAACAUGCAACAAAACAGUUAAACAUCAUGGUAAAAGUAGAAGCUUUCUGUCGGCAUUGAAGAGCAAUCCUACCACUCCUGCGAGUAAACCCAGCCUGAAGACACCAGAAAGAAAGACUCUCGGUUCUGCAAACUUGAAUCAUAGACUGUCUGGUUCCAAAGGCAAGAGCCCAACAUUGAUUUUCAGAACACCUACAUCUGGACAAUCAACACCCACUUGCUCCUCAAAAAAUGUGACCAAAACAAAGAAGCACUUCUCUCAACUAAAAAUGUUGCUUAGUCAGAGUGAAUCCAAAAAGAAUUCAAAGGUGGACUUUAGAAAUUUCUUAUCUUCUUUGUGAGUGAUGGACUAAGAAACGUCUAAUGCAGUUUUUGAAACUAAAGUUAGAAAAACAGCUUUUUAAAAACUUUUGUUUUUCUUCUUUAAAUACACGAAAACUAGGAUCCAAAAGCAAACUCUUCUUGGUAUUCUUCAAUGUUUAUGGAGAAAAUACUUCACUAGAAUGAAUAAAGCAUGCCUGCCUCACAAGGUAGUUCUAAGAAUCACAAAUAGAUGAAAGGUCCUUGUAAGUAGUAAAGGUAUUAUAUAUGGACA